AGCGCUCGCCAAUUCUUCCACCUUCAUGUCGACAAACAAUAUUCCUUCUUCUAGCUCCUCCAAGCGAGAAAUCGAAAUUCUCUCACGGGAAAAAGAAUUUGUGGAACUACAUGAACAGGUUCAGACCAGCGUACACCUGUUGGACUCUCUUGAAUCGUUCCUAUCUACAUUUCAGAAGGACCUGACUGCAGUCUCAGGUCAAAUAUCAGAACUGCAGGACAGGAGCAAAGAUAUUGACAACAGGCUCAAGAAUCGGCGGAAAAUUGAGAAGCCGUUGGCAAGCCUCAUUACCGACAUCAUUAUACCACCUUCACUCGCAAUGCUUAUCUUGGACUCACAAGUUGGCGAACCAUGGAUUGUAGCCAUAGACGAAUUUGAGCGACAUUUACAAGUGAUCAAGGCCCGUUUGCGAGUCAAAGCUGCGAGGGAUCUAGGGGACGUCGCGGAAGGUCUACGAAUAGUAGCGGCAACGAAACUCCGGGUAUUUUUCAUGGCUUUAUUUCAACCUAUCCGCAAUUCUGUGACAACCAAUAUGCAAGUGAUGCAAACCUCAGUCCUGAUCAAGUAUCGGCCACUAUUUGCAUUUCUAAAACGACAGGCAGCUCCUGUAGCUCAUGAACUACAGAGAUCAUACGUAGGAGCCGCACGCGUAUACUAUGAGACCGGGUUCAGACGAUAUGCUCGGAGUUUGGGCGUCAUCAAGGCACGUACAACGGAACGAUUCGAUUUAAUAGUUCAGGAGUUAGAAAAGUCGGACGAUAUCCCACUCGAUAUUGAACGGCUCUCAAAUGCUCAGUUUGACGGACCCAGUGUUACAUUAUCGUACAUGGCUGACGAUAAGACCUAUAAAGAAUACCCUGAAGCCCUUUUCCGAUCACUAUUACUCGUCUUCAUGGAUAAUGCCACCGCUGAAUACACGUUUGUAAAGACGUUUUUCACCGUAGAGUCUACACUGCCUACCCUCGAUUCCCAAAAGUCCCUUCUAUCCCCUUCCACUCUUCUGAGUCCUAUGGAGCGUCAAUCUAACUCCGGUUCUGACUAUGACGGGCGGAACAAGGUCGAGAGCAUAUCAAUUACAGGUGCACCGAAUUCCGCGACGCACGCUGCACGCGAAGAACAGUCCAACAUCGAUACUAUAUGGAAACAAGUUUUCAAUCCUGUAUUAGAAUAUGUUCAGACAUUCGUCAAAACUGUCUUCGAGCCGCCUCCCCCCAUCCUUCCCCUCCUCACCAUGAUUCGUCUCACAGAACAUGUUGUGACAGAAAUUGAGAAUCGUGCUUGUCCUCCAGGUGUAACAUUCAUGUUUAGUCUCCGGCUACAAAUGUGGCCAGUAUUCCAAAAGCUCAUGAAUGACAAUAUCGAAGCGCUCAAGAAGCUAGCUGAGGGCUCAAGCGGUGGGUAUUUCAGUCGCACAACAAUUAUCACGGAAUCAACUGUCAAGAGUAUAUGUACUCGUUAUAUCAAGAUUUUCAUCGCCUUCGUGAUUCUCACAGAAAAAGAGGAUGAGACGAUGAUAUUCUCCAACUUGCUACGGAUGAGACAAGAAGUAGAAAAACUGAUACAACGGUACACGAGUCAGACUAGUGAUGCUGUUGCAAAAGCUACUACCCAAUCCGCAUUCUAUGAAGUGCUUUUGCGAGGUUUAAAUAGAGAGGUUCAGUCGGUAGCCCAUCCUAAGUCUCAAAAUGAACUCGCGUAUUGGGCGAAGUUGGAGGAAGAAGCGAGGAGGAAGAUUGUUUCUGUACAGCAAACGAGAGCAAGACGUUAACCAUAAUGAUAAUCUUAUAUCUUCUAAUAACUCUUGAUUGUUGGAAAAAAUAUAUAUCCAAUUGGGGAAAGACUACAU